AUGAUUCGCCUUAAAUCAAUCCUCCACAUACUCAUCUUCCAAGCAGUGUUCCCCAGUAUAAUUCAAGCCCGACAAUGCUAUCUCACAGACGGCGGAGCAGCAGACUCAAGCUUCCAGCCCUGCUUCCCAGACCAAGAGGACAGCCCCUGCUGCUCCCUAGAUAAAAGCAACACAACCCCCAACGACAUCUGUCUUUCCGGCGGAGUAUGUUAUAUCCAAGAUCCAAAUUUCCGAGGCCUCCUCCGACAGGGAGCUUGCACCGAUAAGACCUGGAAGAGCGGACAGUGUCCGGGACUCUGUCAUACAGCCUCGGACGCAACCCUCUACGUAAUCCCGUGCCCCGCACAAGGCCGCGGCUUCUGGUGCUGCAGCGUAAACGGCACAAACUGCUGCGACGAUGCCGUGCGCCUAGACAUGGGCCAGAUGAUCAACGUCUCCGUGACAUCACUCACCUCCGAUGUCUCUUCUUCAUCGGGAUCAUCCGAGUCCUCUCUCUCAUCCUCGGUAUCCUCCUCUUCGCCGUCGUCAAAAGCCUCAUCAUCGCCAUCAUCGCCACCAUCGCCUUCGUCGACCGACGCCAGCUCCAAUACUGAAAAUACAACAUGCACGUCUGGCUCAAGUGCCAGCGCCACAUGCCCCGCCUCAAAAACAACAGUGAUUAGCGCGGGCCUCGGCGCUGGAUUGGGCGGGUGUCUUCUAAUCGCUGUUGUUACUAUGCUCGUGCAGCGGCGGAUAUAUAAGAAGAACUUGCGACGGAAGGAGGCGAUGAUUGAUGAGAUUGCUGCUGCGAGCUCGGCGCAGCAUUUGGUUUAUCCUGUUCAUCCGGAGAGGGGGAAGAUGAUGUAUCCGGCGGAGUUGGGACCGCGGGAUACACAUAUUCAUGAGGUUGAUGGGACUGGGCUUAAUGAGAAAUGA